UCAGCAGAAUCACUGUUAACAGAUCGUCUGCCUCACGAAAGUUAAUUUAAUUUGUGUUUCUGGUUCAAAAACAAAUACAAAGUUGAAAUGACGACGUUUGCCCGAACAGCAUUCUCCUCUAAAAUGAGCAACACAAUGCACAUCAUUGGGAACAGUUUCAAGCCUCCAGCCCCUGUUGCUUUGAAGCAAGCUGGUCCUGCUGUUCCUCGCACUAAUGCCACGGUAAAAAAUCGAGGCAUGUUCCUAACUGGAAAGGUUUCCACAGCGGUGUCUUUAAUAGGUCCAUCAAGUGUAAGAUACGCCCACAGUGAUGUUACUGUACCUGACUUCAAUGAUUACAGACCAAACAAUGUCAGUAACACCGCUAUCACAAACUUCAGAGAAAAAGAAGAACAAAGAAAAAAGGAUACAAAAACAUUUAACUAUGCCAUAACAGCUGGUGCUUGGAUUGGUGGCGUGUAUGUGGCAAAGAACACGGUUGAAUUAUUCAUUAAAUCCAUGAGUGCAUCAGCUGACGUGCUUGCUCUUGCUUCUAUUGAAGUUCCUCUUGCUGACGUGCCAGAGGGGAAGAGCGUUACGUUUAAAUGGAGAGGCAAACCAUUAUUCAUUAGACACCGUACUGCUGAGGAAAUUGCCACAGAGGAAGCUGUGAAUCUCGCUGAACUACGAGAUCCACAACAUGACAAUGUUCGUGUGCAACGACCAGAAUUCCUCAUAGUUGUCGGCAUCUGUACUCACCUUGGGUGUGUACCUAUCGCCGAUUCCGGAGAUUUUGGAGGAUACUACUGUCCGUGUCACGGAUCUCACUACGAUGCAUCGGGAAGGAUCAGAAAAGGUCCUGCUCCCCUUAAUCUUGAAGUUCCAGAGUAUUCCUUUCCCAGUGAAGGGAUCGUCAAAGUCGGUUAGGUUUUUCGUUUAUUUAAAAAAUUCAUUUAUUGGAAAUUAGGCGUGCUUGCAAGUUCAAACUAACGGUUAAAAUUUUAUUGAUUUAUUCUGUAUUGAACGUGUUCCAAAUACAAUUAAGAUUUACAA